AUGAGAGUGGUACUACUAGCCCUGGCUGUGGCCCUUGUGGGUGAGUAUUAUUCUUUAUUAUUGUGAGGAUGCAACUCUUAAAAAAAGUCUUGAUAUAAUGUUUAUAUUAGUUUCAAAAGCUCUAUCAGUAACAACUGGUUUAUAAAUACCUUUUUUAUUUAAAUUCCAGCCGGACAGCAUCACAGCUUGGGUAAGUUCAGUUUUUUGCUAACAAUCGGAAAAGUAAAUUAUAUUUUCCUCCAAUAACUGUAUUUGAACACAUAGUGCAGACAGUUUUUUUAAAGCUUGGGUUGAAUGUAAGUUUGUUUCACAGGAAUCUCAAAUAAUGUUACUGAUACAACAAAAAACUUAUCAUGGUGUAAAAUUGUUCUUCCAGUCCCUGAAUUUGCUCCCAGCAAGACUUACGUGUACAAGUAUGAGGCGCUGCUCCUUGGUGGUCUUCCAGAGGAAGGUCUGGCAAAGGCCGGGCUCAAAGUCAGCAGCAAAGUUCUCAUCAGUGCUGCAGAGGAAAACAUUUACAUGCUGAAAGUAAGGUCAAACUCUUACAGGUGGAUUUUUUUACCAUUGAUAACACAAACUGCACUACAAUGUGUUUUUUUUUUCUAACCACAGCUUGAGGAACCUGAGCUCUUUGAGUACAGUGGCGUGUGGCCCAAGGAUCCUCUGAUCCCGGCAACCAAGCUCACUACAGCCCUGGCUGCUCAGCUCAUGACCCCCAUCAAGUUUGAGUAUGCUAACGGUGUUGUCGGAAAGAUGUUUGCCCCAGAAGGAAUCUCAACCUUGGUGCUGAAUGUAUACAGAGGUAUCCUGAAUGUUCUUCAGCUCAACAUCAAGAAGACACAAAAUGUCUACGAACUUCAGGAGGUUUGCCAAAGAUCCAUGCACAAUGAUUACAAAUCCGUUGCAAGAAGCUGAACCUGCAGGGUAAAGUUAUGCUUCUCUCAUUUCUUUUCUAAGGCCGGGGCUCAGGGCGUGUGCAAGACUCUGUAUGCCAUCUCUGAAGAUGAAAAGGCUGAACGCAUCCUUCUGACCAAAACCAGGGACCUGAACCACUGUCAAGAGAAAAUUGUCAAGGACUUGGGGUUGGCAUACACUGAGAAAUGUGCCAAGUGUCAGCAGGUACAUUCAAACCCCUUUUGUCAUGCUGACUAAAAUUUUGAGGGUAGGAAAUGUUUUGCUAUUUCACAAUUAUGUGGCUUUUCUUCACAGGAAUCAAAGAAUCUGAGAGGAGCUACAGCAUACAACUACAUCUUGAAGCCUGUUGCUAGCGGCAUCCUGAUCUUGGAGGCAGCAGUCAAUGAACUUAUCCAGUUUUCACCUUUCUCUGAGAUGAACGGUGCUGCCCAGAUGCAAACUAAGUGAGGAUAAGUAUGGAUGAUGAGAAUGUGAAAGUCCCUCAGUUUCGAUUAAAGGUUGCUGUUUAUUAACCUUUUGCUCAUUACUUUCAAGGCAAUCCCUGGUCUUCCUGGAAAUCAAGAGGGCCCCUAUUGUACCCAUCCAGGCUCAGUACCAACACCGUGGCUCUCUGAAGUAUGAGUUUUCCACUGAGCUUCUUCAGACACCAAUUCAGCUCAUUAAGAUCAACAAUGCACAGGCCCAGGUAGUGAUUUCAACUGCUUUAAAAGAAAGAAAGAAAAUAAGCGAAUCUCAAAAGUAUUAAAGACUUCUCCUUCAACUCUGGGUUUUAGAUCAUGGAGGUUCUGAAUCAUCUGGUUACCCACAAUGUGGAGAAAGUCCACGAGGAUGCCCCUCUGAAGUUCUUGGAACUCAUUCAGCUUCUUCGUGUCGCUCGCUACGAGGACCUGGAAAUGCUCUGGAGCCAAUACAGAACCCAGCCUGCCUACAGGUGACUAAUAGCAUUUCAACAUUAGCAUAUGUCUUAAUAAAACAGGAUCUAUAUACUCAAUCAACUUUCACCUUUCAGACAGUGGAUCUUGGACGCCAUCCCUGCCAUCGGUACUCCUGCUGCUUUGAGAUUCAUCAAGGAGAAGUUUGAAGCUGAUGACCUGACUGUUGCUGAAGUAGCUCAGACUUUGGUUGCUUCUAUUCACAUGGUGACAGCAGACACUGAGGCCAUCAAGCUGGUUGAGGUGAGUUAACCACUAAGCAAGUCAAUUCAUCAGUAGUAAGAGUGAAGGUAUGACAAUGUGUUUCUUUUCUAGACCAUGGCAAUCAGCCCCAAAAUCGUGCAAAACCCAAUUCUGCGUGAGAUUGUCUUCCUUGGUUAUGGUACCAUGAUUUCAAAGUACUGCGUUGACUUGCCUGUCUGCCCAGUUGAAUACAUCAAGGUGAUAUAACCCUUUUCUUCAUUCGUCUCACCAAUCUGUAUUAAAUGUACAUUUCUGUAAAAUAACAAGAUCCUAACAUCUUGAUCCCUCUAUAGCCCAUCCAGGACCUCCUCACACAAGCUGUUGCAAGAGAUGAGACCAAGGACAUCAUCCUGUUUGUGAAGGUUUUGGGUAACGCUGCCCAUCCUACUAGCCUUAAACCAAUCACAAAGAUCCUGCCCAUCCAUGGCACACCAGCUACAUCUUUGCCCAUGAGAGUUCAUGCUGAUGCUAUCAUGGCCUUGAGGAACAUUGCAAAGAAGGAGCCCAAAAUGGUGAAUAUAAACACCUAGAAGAACUUCAACUUGAAUCAGUUUUCAAACAUGUUUUAAUACUGUCAUACUAUGUUUGCUUUUCUUGUGAAAUAGAUCCAAGAACUGGCCCUUCAGCUCUACAUGGACAAGGCUCUUCACCCAGAACUUCGUAUGCUUGCAUGCAUUGUGCUGUUUGAGACAAGGCCUGCCAUGGGUUUGGUGACCACUCUUGCUAACAUUGUGAAGGCUGAGCAGAAUCUGCAGGUGGCAAGCUUCACUUACUCUCACAUGAAGUCCUUGACCAGGAGCACCGCUGCUAUCCAUGCUUCAGUGUAAGGGCACUUUUUAAUUCCCAUUCUUCAUGAAAUUCAGCUGCACUGAUACCUGCCAAGUGCCUACUCAGCUAUUUGAUGUUUAUGUGACAGUGCUGCUGCUUGCAACGUUGCCGUCAAAAUCCUGAGCCCAAGGCUGGACAGAGCAAGCUUGCGCUUCAGCAAAGCCAUCCAUGUGGACAUUUACAACAGUAAGGGCUAUUUUAUACUUAGAUCAAGCAUACUCAAGCUUAUGUCCUCUGUAGUAUCAACUAACUGGAUCUCAUUAAACUUCAGGCCCAUUGAUGCUUGGUGCAGCUGCCAGCGCUUUCUACAUCAACGAUGCUGCCACCAUUUUGCCAAGAUCUAUUGUGGCCAAGACCAAUGCUUACCUUGCAGGAGCUGCUGCUGAUGUUCUGGAGGUAAAAAAGAAAGCACCUAGCCUCUAAGGUAUCUGAUCAGUAAACUAUCAUUUUUAACAUGUUGAUGUCUACAUAGGUUGGUGUAAGGACUGAGGGACUCCAAGAGGCUCUUCUGAAAAACCCUGCACUCAUCGACAACACUGACAGGAUCACCAAGAUGAAGCGUGUCAUCAAAGCUGUAAGUAGUAAAUCUCCACGAAAUUGUAAAAAUAUGAGUUGCAUGCAACAACACAUAAGUCACAGUAGAUGCUGAAUUAUUUGGAUUGUCCUCUGUCCUUUUUUACAGCUUUCCCAUUUGAGAUCUCUUCCCAACAGCACCCCCCUGGCUUCUAUCUACGUCAAAUUCUUUGGACAGGAAAUUGCUUUUGCCAACAUUGACAAAGCCUUCAUUGAUCAGGCUAUUACAGUACGAUUCAGAUUUCAACUUUCUUAUCUCUAAUUCAACAAUAUACUUUUUCAAAAACUUCUUUGCAAGACACAAUAGUUAUCAUUUUUUUCUCCGCAGAUCGCCACUGCUCCUUCUGUUCAGACAUUUGGCAUGAACGCAGUCAGGACCCUGCUGUCCGGUGCUUCCUUCCACUAUGCUAAGCCAAUUCUGGCCACUGAGGUGAGGCGUAUCAUGCCAACUGCUGCUGGUCUUCCAAUGGAGCUGAGUCUCUACACCACUGCUGUGGCUGCUGCAGCUGUUCACGGUGAGCAGAAGAAGCUAGGGAAAAUCCAAGUUGCUGAAUUACAAGUUCUGACUAUUGAACAAAUGUUACUGAAUAAGUACUGUUGCCAAAAGAAUUGAGGGUAUGAUGCUAUGAGAUGUGAAAGUUGUGUGUAUUUUAUGGUUCUAGUCAGAGCAAUCACCACACCAGCCCUGCCAGAAACCUUCCACCUUGCUCAUCUUCUGAAGACAGACAUUCAGCUCCAGACAGAGAUCAAACCAAGGUAGGUACAACAACUCAGUCUAGAACGAAAAAAAAAAGAAAGAAAAAAAACAUCAUAUAUCGAAAUCUAACAAACAAAAAUUCUCUUCUUCUAGUGUUGCCAUGAACACUUUUGCUGUGAUGGGCGUUAACACCCCCCUCAUCCAGGCUGCCCUGCUCACAAGAGCUAAGCUGAAUUCCAUUGUGCCCGCCAAGAUUGCAGCAAGACUUGACAUCAACGAGGGCCACUUCAAGAUUGAAGCUCUGCCUGUUUCUGUGCCUGAAAAUGUUGCAGCUGUGCAGUAAGCAUGACCUUUUUUAGCCGAUGGAAACCCAACAAAACACUAAAUACCAUUACAAAAGCGCGAUUUUUAUAUCUGCCUGACAAAAUUCUCCUUUUAACAGUGUUGAGACUUUGGCCAUGGCAAGAAAUAUUGAGGAUCUUCCUGCCGCCAAAUUCACACCCAUCAUCCCUGUCAAAAUCUUGGAGCCCAUUUCAAGGGAGACUCUCACAUCUAAGCUUACCUCAUCUGCUGCUGCUAGUUUUGUAAGUUUUGAACAUUGUUUUGUGAUAAACCUACCAUAAGACCUACAUUCAAAUAAUCGCUUAUUGAUCUGUCUUUUCAUAGUCAACAUCCUCAGAGAUUGUUCGCCCACAUCUGAAGGCUGAAAGGAAAAUUGUUAAGCCCAGAUCUGCUCAGCUCAACAAGAAGUACUGUGCCAAAGCCUACGCUAUCGGACUGAAGAGCUGUCUUAGGGUUGCAACUGACAAUGCUGCCUUCAUCAGGAACAUUGCCCUCUACAAGCUGGCAGGAAAGCACUCUGUUGCUCUCUCCGUCAAACCAAGUAAGUGCUAAUAAUUCAAAUCUUCAGCAUUUUGCAGAAGUAGUGUGGACAUAGUCAAUUUUAAUGGCAUUAUUUUAUGAUACUUUUAGUUGAAGGUGAAGUUGUGGAAAGACUGGAAGUGGAGGUUCGUGUUGGACCAAGGGCUGCAGAGUUGAUCAUCAAACAGAUCAACUUGAGUGAAGAACUCGUGGACGGAAGACCAGUCUUGAUGAAACUCAAGAAAAUCUUGGCUCCCAGCAUGAGGAAUGGUACCCUCUCUUCUUCUAGCUCUAGCAGCUCUCGAUCAAGUGUCAGCUCCAAGUCCUCCUCUGCCUCCUCAAGCUCCUCAUCACGUAUUACGAGCAAGACUGUUGAUGCAGCUACACCAGUCAAAAGACUCCGCAGCAGCAGUAGCAGCAGCCGCAGUAGCCGUAGCAGCAGCGUCAGCAGCAGUAGCAGAAGCAGCAGCAGUAGCAGCAGCCGCAGCAGCAGACUCAGCUCCAAGUCUUUGAACAGGUCUGACAGGUCCAGCUCUGCAUCAAGCCUUGCCUCUCUCUUCAGUGCUAGCUCAAGCUCCUCUCGUUCAAGUGCUCGUCUCUCAAAGGUAAAUACCCCAGAAAUGUUUAAGAAUAAGAACAAGAAUACUUGUAUAUUUUAAUCACGGAAGCAGAGAAUGUGACACAAUCUUUCCUCCGAACAGAGAGUGACUUAUCACAAGUUCAAGAAGUACCACAAGAUGCAGGUUGGUAGGAAUACAUCAAAUUUGAACGUCUACUCAUGUUGCAGCUCUAUGAGGUGGCCUUUAACUCUCAUGUAUUUUUCUCACAGGAAUACAACUCCCAAAUCACCUCAGCUUCCAAGAGUAGAAGCAGUGCUUCAAGCUUUGAGGCCGUCUACAAAAAGGUGAGUUUUGAUCACCAUUUUAAGAUUUAUCAGAUCUUGUCUAGGAUAGGUUUGUUGGCAUAAAAUAAUUGAUUUGUUGUGCUAAUGAUCCCUGCAGAAAAAAUUCCUUGGCAAUGAAGUGCCUCCUACCUUUGCCGUCGUCGUCCGUGCUGUCAGAGCUGAUCAGAAGGUGUUUGGAUACCAGCUGGCCGUGUACUUGGACAAACCUGAAAGCAGACUUCAGAUUAUUGUGGCUAAUUUGGCUGCUGAUAGCAACUGGAAACUCUGUGCUGAUGGAGUUGUGCUUAGCAUGCACAAAGUCACAGUAAGGCACAGCAUUAUCUGUACUUAAGACUUAAGGUCACAAUCUUCAAACCAUACCAGGCUUACAGUAUUGUCAUAUUUAUCUAUUCUAAACAGGCUAGAGUUGGCUGGGGAGCAGAAUGCAGGCAGUAUGACACCUUUAUCACUGCUGAGACUGGUCUUGUUGGUCCAAGCCCUGCAGCCCGCCUCAGAGUUGCCUGGAACGAUCUUCCCUCUGCCUUUAAGCGCUAUGCAAAGAAGUAUGGAACCUUGUAAUCCCUUGCAUUUGGCCUGUUCAUAGUAAAGACUAUGUGAGAUGUCUGAUAUUGAUCAAUUCUUCUUUAGGGUCUAUGACUACAUUCCUGACUACAUGCCCGCUGGUGUUAUCAAAGAGAAGGAUGAAAACAGUGGCAAUCAGCUCUCAUUCACAGUGGUUGCCACAUCAGAGAAGACCCUUGACUUGAUCUGGAAAACACCAACAGUAUAAAUAAUUUGAUUCUUCUUCUGAUAUAUAAAAUUGUACCCGCUUUUUUAGUAUUUUUAAUAAUUUUAAAAUAUUUUCUACAGCGCACUGUCUACAAGAUGGCUCUGCAUCUGCCCCUCGCUCUGCCACUUGAGGAAAUCAAAGGGCUCACCCCCUUCGACGAGGUUGUUGAUAAGGUCCACUACUUGUUUUCUAAGGCUUCUGCAGGUAAUGCAUGACCUCACUGUUUUAUCAAAGAAGUACUAGCAGUUAUCUAUUUUUGUGCCAAAGAUCUAAUACUUAACUUUUUCCCUACAGCUGAAUGUUCCUUUGAAAGAGAUACACUGACCACAUUCAACAGCAGGAAGUACAAAAAUGAGAUGCCUCUGUCUUGCUACCAAGUCCUGGCCCAGGAUUGCACCGAUGAGCUGAAGUUCAUGGUUUUGCUCAAGAAGGACCACAUUGAACAGAACCAUAUCAAUGUGAAGAUUGCUGACAUGUGAGUGCCCACCAAAAACAAACAUAUAACAAGGUCUAUCGUUCAUCACAAAGAUGGCAACAUCCUUAUUUCUGUUCCUACAGCGAUAUUGACCUGUACCCCAAGAAUACUGAUGUGAUUGUGAAGGUCAAUGGCAUGGAAAUCCCAAUCAACAACCUGCCAUACCAGCAUCCCACAGGUUUGCCAACAAUUCAUCAUAUAACUUACUGUUAUAAAUUACACAUCAGCAUUUAGAUACGCAUAAAAACAUUUCCAGUCAACUCUAAGAUCUUAAUUUUAACCUUUACAUUUUUUUAUUCCAACAGCUAAAAUCCAGAUCAGGCCAAAGGGCGAGGGUAUCUCUGUGUACGCUCCCAGCCAUGGUCUGCAUGAAGUCUACUUUGACAAGAACUCAUGGAGGGUAAAUGUUGCACUUCGAGUUUGGGUUGGGAAAAACAUCCAUUCAGACUUUUUUUUACCCCCUUUUGAUGAGCGAAUGCCAGUCUUAGAACCAUGAGAAACAAAAGACAAGAGCUUUCAAGAAUGAUCAAACUUUUGGAUCACUUUGACAUACAGAAUUUUUAAUGGUCUGUUAUUCCCUUUUUUUGAUUUGCCAUGCAGGUAAAAGUUGUGGACUGGAUGAAAGGACAGACCUGUGGACUCUGUGGAAAGGCUGAUGGGGAAGUCAGACAGGAGUACCACACACCCAACGGACGUGUGACCAAGAGCUCAGUCAGCUAUGCUCACUCUUGGAUUCUGCCAGCCGAGAGCUGCAGGGACACCACUGGUGAGGCAAAAUGAAUGGCUCAAUGAAGUUUACAGUUUAAAAAUAUUCAUUGAUAAAUCUGCUGUAUUGUUGUCCAUAAUUUGAAAAUGAGCCCAUGAGAAACUUACUCAUCCCUUGGUCAUACAGAGUGCCGUAUGAAGCUUGAACCUGUGCAGCUGGAGAGGUCAGUAAAUGUCCAUGGUCAGGAGUCCAGAUGCUACUCUGUUGAGCCUGUUUUGCGCUGCCUGGCUGGAUGCUUCCCUGUGAAGACCACCACUGUCACUGUUGGCUACCACUGUCUGCCUGCUGGUGAGUCUGCAGCAAAUCACAGCUGAAUCAACAACAAAAACAAAAACUACUGAGAAAUAACAGCUCCCUAAUCACUCUGCUCCCUCUCCUUAUACAGAUUCUCACUUGACUCCUGAGAUGAGCAGCAUGUACGAUAACAGCGUGGACCUCAGGGAAACAGCAGAAGCCCACCUAGCCUGUAGCUGCACCUCUCAGUGUGCUUAAUAACAAGUUCUCCUGUCAGUCGCUUACAUGUGUAUGUUUUGAAUGUAAUUUUAAAUAAAGUGCAUCUCAAAAAAAAAUUCUCUUCAGACCCUGUCUUUUCUCAAAGUACAACAUGCAUCAUAAAACUUUUACCCCACUUACCAAAUAAUG